AUGCAAACAAAUACUAACAAACAUAUAUUAUCAUAUAUUUUAUAUGAUACAAAUGUUGGAUUAAGUGUCAUGGAAGAUAAAACUAUUAAAGUACAGAUAAGUAAUUCUGAGUAUAGAGAUUUCAUAACUCAAAAAUUAGAAUCAGACAAAAAUAAUGGGUUGAAUGAUUAUACACCUUGUCCAACAAUGAAUGUUUAUGAUUUGGAGGGAAAUGUGGCAGAGUCAGAAAAAGAUUUUUGCGAUACUAGUACUAAUGUUGAAAAUACAUCAGAAAGAAAAAGAAAACAAGAAAGCAGUGUAAUAUUUGAUAAUGAAAUGCAAGAAAAGGAAAAUCAAGAUGAGAACUCUCAUGUCAAUAACAACCAAUUAAUUAAUAUCAACCCACAAAAAAAUAAUUCAAAUAAACAAGAAGGAUCAAUAAUCAAGGCAGCAAUUUGUAAAAUAAAUGUUUCAAAGACUUCUGAAAUUAAAUAUUGUAAUAUAAUUGUUCAUGGUGGUAGUGAUUCAUCAACUUCAAAUUUUAUAAAUCAUUUAACAUCAGUUCAUGGACUUACUAAGGAUAAUUAUGAAACCAAAUUAAAUUCUAAG